AAGAAACACAAAGCAGGCAAUCAACAACACUCUAUUUCAUUUCAGUUGUUGUAACUUGCAACACAAUCUCUCCAUUGAAGAACACUCCAUAACUUCUAAUGGAGAAUCAAUAGCUACUAUCAUUUCACUCUCCCAAAAAAAAAGUACUUGCAGAAAGCUUAAAACCGCGUAAAAAUGGAGAGAGCAAUGUUACUUCGCUCAAUCUCCUCUUCAACUUCCUUAGUCUCAACUCGUCUUCUUCCUCGCUCAAUUCGCAGUCGCAGAUUCUCUCUCCUCCAUCGCCAAAACUUCAGAAACCCUAAUUUUUCACUUCUUCGACAACAUUCGAUAUUGCGACCUAUCUCCACCUUAUCUCUUCCUCUUUCGAAUUCUCCUCUUCCUUUUAAUGGCCGACGUUCUUUCUCCUCUAUCUCUCCACAAGCUAUUUCUAGCUCUGCUUCAGAAGUUGGAAAGCAUGAUAGUGAUGUUGCGGAGAAGCUUGGAUUUGAGAAAGUAUCGGAACAGUUUAUCGAUGAGUGUAAAUCGAAAGCUGUGCUUUAUAAGCAUAAGAAAACUGGUGCUCAAGUUAUGUCUGUUUCUAAUGAUGAUGAGAAUAAGGUGUUUGGUAUUGUUCUUCGUACUCCGCCGAAUGAUUCCACUGGGAUUCCACACAUUUUAGAACAUAGUGUGCUGUGUGGCUCCAGAAAGUACCCUCUGAAGGAACCUUUUGUUGAACUUUUGAAAGGAAGUUUACAUACCUUUCUGAAUGCUUUUACAUAUCCUGAUAGGACCUGCUAUCCUGUUGCAUCUACUAAUACUAAGGACUUCUAUAAUUUGGUGGAUGUUUACUUGGAUGCGGUGUUCUUUCCCAAGUGUGUGGAGGACAAAUGGACUUUCCAACAAGAAGGAUGGCAUUAUGAGCUUAAUGAUCCUUCAGAACCGAUUUCUUAUAAAGGUGUUGUCUUUAAUGAGAUGAAGGGUGUCUAUUCCCAGCCAGAUAAUGUUUUAGGUCGCGCUGCUCAGCAGGCACUCUUUCCGGACAACACCUAUGGUGUAGAUAGUGGUGGAGACCCAAAUGUGAUCCCCAAGCUUACUUUUGAGCAAUUCAAGGACUUUCACCGAAAAUUUUACCACCCUAGCAAUGCUAGGAUAUGGUUUUAUGGAGAUGAUGAUCCGAAUGAGCGUCUUCGCCUCUUGAGUGAAUACCUAGACAUGUUUGAGGCGAGCUCAGCUCCUAAUGAAUCAAAGAUUCAACCUCAAAGAUUAUUCUCAAAACCUGUCAGGAUUGUAGAAAAGUAUCCUGCUGGUGAUGGUGAUGACUUAAAGAAAAAGCAUAUGGUUUGUCUUAAUUGGUUACUGUCUGAGAAGCCUCUGGAUUUGGAGACUGAGCUUGCAAUCGCGUUUAUGGAUCACCUUUUGUUGGGAACCCCAGCUUCUCCUUUAAGGAAAAUCUUGCUGGAGAGUGGCCUAGGAGAAGCGAUAAUUGGAGGUGGCGUCGACGAUGACCUUUUGCAGCCUCAAUUUAGCAUUGGAUUGAAGGGUGUUCUUGAGGAUGACAUUCAAAAAGUAGAAGAAGUAGUGAUAGCAACACUUAAGAAACUGAUGGAAGAAGGUUUUGAUUCAGACGCUAUAGAGGCAUCCAUGAAUACUAUUGAGUUCUCUCUAAGGGAAAAUAACACUGGCUCCUUUCCACGUGGCCUGUCCUUAAUGCUUCGGUCUAUGGGUAAAUGGAUUUAUGAUAUGGAUCCCUUCCAGCCAUUAAGGUGGGAGAAGCCACUGAUGAAGCUUAAGGAAAGAAUAGCAGAGGAAGGCUCCAAGGCUGUGUUCUCUCCUUUAAUGGAAAAGUAUAUCCUUAACAAUUCACAUUGUGUAACAGUUGAAAUGCAGCCUGAUCCGGAGAAGGCUGCUCGUGAUGAGGCUGCUGAAAUAGAAUCUUUGGAGAAGCUCAAGGCAAGCAUGACAGAGGAAGAUUUGGCAGAGCUGGUUCGUGCUACUCAAGAAUUGCGCUUAAAGCAGGAAACUCCAGAUCCACCUGAAGCUUUACGGAGCGUUCCAAGUCUUUCUUUGCAUGACAUCCCGAAAAAGCCUAUUCAAAUUCCCACUGAGAUUGGGGAUAUCAACGGUGUCACUGUUCUACAGCAUGACUUAUUCACAAAUGAUGUCAUUUACGCUGAAGUUGUUUUUGAUAUGAGUUUCCUAAGACAAGAGCUUCUUCCCUUGGUACCUUUAUUCUGUCAAUCAUUAUUGGAGAUGGGUACCAAAGAUAUGGAUUUUGUGCAACUCAAUCAAUUAAUAGGGAGGAGAACAGGAGGAAUAUCUGUUUAUCCUUUUACAUCAUCUUUGAGGGACAGUCAGGACCCGUGUGCUCGGCUAAUUGUCCGAGGCAAAGCAAUGGCUGAACGUGUUGAAGACCUUUUCAAUCUGAUGAAUUGUGUUCUGCAGGAGGUGCAAUUCACUGAUCAACAGCGGUUCAAGCAAUUUGUUUCUCAGAGUAAAGCAAGAAUGGAGAAUCGAUUGAGGGGUAGUGGUCACGGAAUUGCAGCUGCAAGGAUGGAUGCAAAGUUGAAUACUGCUGGUUGGAUUUCUGAGCAAAUGGGUGGUAUCAGCUACCUCGAGUUCCUGAGAGAUCUGGAGGCGAAAGUUGACCAGGACUGGGAAGGAAUCUCUUCCUCUCUGGAGGAAAUUCGCAAAUCCGUAUUUUCAAGGAAACAUUGCUUGGUAAAUUUGACUGCUGACGGGAAAAAUAUCACGAACUCAGGAAAGCAUAUUGGCAAAUUUCUUGACUCGCUUCCGGAAGUCUCUUCUACUCCAAUUAUGUGGAAUACUCAACUCUCUUCGCAAAAUGAAGCCAUUGUGAUACCGACUCAGGUCAACUAUGUUGGAAAAGCAGCUAAUGUAUAUGGAGGUGGUUAUAAGCUUAAUGGAAGUGCUUAUGUCAUUUCGAAAUAUAUCAGUAAUACAUGGUUGUGGGAUCGUGUAAGAGUGAGUGGUGGUGCUUAUGGAGGCUUUUGUGAUUUCGAUACUCAUUCAGGGGUUUUCACAUUUUUGUCUUACCGAGAUCCGAAUUUGUUAAAAACGCUUGAUGUUUAUGAUGGAACGGGUGAGUUCCUCCGCGGGCUGGAAUUGGAUAAUGAUGCUCUUGCCAAAGCAAUCAUUGGGACCAUUGGGGAUGUUGACUCAUACCAACUGCCUGAUGCCAAAGGUUAUAGUAGUUUGUUGCGUUACUUGUUGGGAGUCACAGAUGAAGAACGAGCAAUUAGACGCGAGCAGAUAUUAUCAACAAGUUUCAAGGACUUCAAAGAAUUUGCAGAGGCAGUUGAUGUAGUCAAAGAUAGAGGAAUUGUGGUUGCUGUGGCAUCUCCAGAAGAUGUUGAUGCUGCAAAGAAGAUAAUUCCAGACUUUUUCCAAGUGAAGAAAUUGUUGUAGGGUAUGGCUGGUGUUCAGGGAGAAAUAGAUCAAAAGCAGUAGGCAAACUCGCAACAGAGUUCUUAUGCCCUGAUUUUUCUUGUGGUAUGAGAUCAUUAUAACAAUGAAGAAGUUGAUCAUAGAAGAGCAUUUAUAUUGACUAGUCUAUAUGAACACUGGUGAUAAUAUUUUUGAUGCUGAUGUGUAAGAUUCUAUUGUUGUACAGUUACUCAGUUCUUGGCAUCGCUGUUAUACGUGCUGAUUGAAAAAAUAAUAAUGAAAAUGCAUUUUUUUUAUCA